ACUUCCACACCACCACGAUGUUCAUUCUCAAGCCCCUCGUCUUUGUCGUACUUGCAUCCACGAAUGUAAUAGCGCAGAGUAGCUCUGCUGUGCCGACAGGCGUCGCCGGCCUGUCUCCAUGCAUCAUCACCUGCCUCACUCAGGCAUCGUCCAGCGGAACCUGUUCGUCAUUCACGGACAUAUCCUGCGUCUGCAGUUCACAGGCAUUCCAAUCUGCCGCUGCACAGUGCCUCACCUCCAGCUGCUCUUCGUCUGAUCAAGCAGCCGCCCUCCAGCUCCAACAGACCGAGUGUGGAUCUGCGAGUGGUUCGGCUUCUAGUGGCGCAUCUGCGACUUCACUUGCGACUUCGUCUGGAUCUGCAGCCUCCGAAAGUGGAUCUUCGUCUACCCUGACGGGCAGCGCGGCCUCCAGCGCUGUGUCCUCUGCCGUAUCCUCAAUUUCUAAUGCGGAAUCUUCUGUCGCAUCCUCGGCGUCUCAGGCAGGUUCGUCGAUUCGGAGCUCGCUCUCAAGCGCUGCUAGCGCGGCGAGUGCCAGUGCAUCGGCUUCCCGCUCGACCUCAGCCUCAGCCUCAGGAUCAGCAGGCUUCAAGGUCGAAAUAGGGAAGGGAGGUCUCGUUAGUGCUCUAGUGGGAAUGUUGGGUGCCGUUGCCGGGGCGCUGAUGGUUUUGUGAGAAUGCAGAGUCCACGCGGCGAUGAUGCUCCUUGCCUUUUCUGUCCUUUACUUCCAUAUUUUCCAAAACUGUUGCAUGAUGGUGUUG